AUGCGGGGGGAGCAGCUGGUGUCCGAGGGUGCCGGCACAUCGGAAAUGGGACAUCUGAUGACCGGGGAGCACAGAGAACCUGCGGCCAAGGAGAGGAUGGUUAGUUGGUUUGACUUUGGUCGUCAAAAGGUGAUGGUUUUUGGGUUGAGGCGAGGUGAAGGGGCAGAUUGUUUGUCUGCUUUGGUGACCUUUUACGGAGGUGAAUGGGUCUAUUUGAAAGGAAUCGCGAGCAUACGCGUGGCGUUUGGAAGAGUUGAGUGUUUUGGAUAUAAAAUGAGUUCGUCAAACGCUGGUCCGUACAGGGUGGUGUCUCCGAGUUUUUAUGGCGCGCAUGCAGUGAGUACGCUGGAUGAAGGAGAGUGCGUCAAGGGAUUGAGUGGCGCAGAAGAGUGCUCAUGGGCAUUCGCGGACAUAGAGUUGGGGUUUGACAAGUUUGUGGAGCGGUUUUUUUUGACAGAUUUAGCCGGCGAGUUUCCGGACCCCGCUCAAAUAGCUGCGAUGGUCGUAGUGGACUCGGUGCCCGUGGAAGCCAUGUAUGCGAACGUUCCAUCAAUAAUGAGCCACAGUUUGAGGAAGAUGGGACCCGCACCGCACUCGCUGCGCAUCGGAUCCUACGACAUUUUGAAAUCUGAUGCCUUUGAAAACAUCCUGCUUCAAGCGCCGGAAGAGUGGAAAGAAUGGAAGCGGCGGCUGCACCGCGUCGAGGGCGAUAGGAUUUUAUUGUGUGGUCGGAAAUCUAGCGGGAAGUCAACUAUGCUACGCUACACUAUCAAUUCACUGCUGAAUUUGUACGGCGCCGUCGCUCUGUUGGACUGUAACACAGAGGAGCCCGAACUGACGUUGCCUGGACAAGUUUCUUUGACCGUUUUGACGCGUCCGUUGCUGGGUCCUGCAUUUAGCAACUUUCAUGAGUCUGGGAUUACGUAUCAGAAGUCUCACUUUUUGUCCACCAAGUCGACGACGGACUGUCCGGAUCGCUACAUGCAGGCCGUAAUCGAGCUGUGUCAUGUUUACGAAGCGGGCUUGGAUGCGGCGUUCUUUGAGCGCUCGUCUUCUUCCAAUAUGCCGAAGCGAAUUCCCUUGGUUGCAAACAGCAUGGGGUGCGUUCUCGGGUUCGACGAGCGCAUUCUCAGAGACUUAGCGCGCCAGCUGAGUCCCAACACGGUCAUCCAAAUGAACCAGGAGGUGUUUGGGAAGGAAGAACACAACGUAGCCGCAAACGAAGACCCUGCUCGAGGCAAGCUUCGCCCAAGCAAUUGCGAGCCUCAAGUGAAAACGUUCGGCCUCAGCUUCGAUCAAUCGGCUCCGAUCGACUUUUCCGCGGAAAAAUGGAACAUGAGCGUGAACAGCUAUUUUUGCUUUGACAAAAAUUCAGUGAACCGAUAUGGACAAACCACCUACCGAGUUUCUUGGCAAGCCGUCCGCAUUCACGUUAUGAGUCACCGCGUGCCGCCCUCUCAGUACUUGUACGCACUCAACGGCUCGAUCGUAGCCCUCGUUGCCGACUCUCGCACCUAUGUGCCUCUCGAGCGGAGAGACAACCUCGAAUGCGGCCGAGACAACGACAGCUACGAAUCGACGCCGGAAGAAAAAAAAAAAAAUGCGUCGGUUCGCCAUCUCUCCACCGAUUCGAGCGAAUUCCCCGUGUUCUUGCUGGAUUCUCCGAGACCAGCUGACAGCGAGUGCCUCGGGAUGGGCCUUUUGAAGACCAUUGACAUGACGCAGCGGUACUUCUACGUUCAAGCGCCGCUGAGUUUGGAUCGAAUUCAGAAAGUGAACACGCUCGUCUUAGGCAACCUUAAACUUCCCAGUCGCUUUUUACUUGAGAACUCCAACGACGAGCAGCCCUACCUUUCUGAGGACUACAUGCCCAGAUACUGCGGCUCAAUGGAGCUCAAAUGA